AUGGCCGGUAUCCAAUCGAUUGCGGAAUACAACACUACAUUACACCUUCACCCGAUUCUUGUGAUCGAGAAGAUUCGGCCAACGUUUGGAGUCAUCCCCUUUCGGUAUGGUGGGAUUUUAAGAAAGUUCCCCGAUGAUGAUGAUGUGGAAUUUCACGCAUCAAAUGCUGUUCAGGCGGUUCAGGAUCCUUACGCGGCUCUGGGUGUGUCGAGGGGAGCAUCGUCAUCAGAAAUCAAAAAAGCAUAUUACGGUCUUGCGAAAAAGUACCAUCCCGACACCAACAAGGACCCGAACGCCAAGGAAAAAUUCGCUGAAGCGCAACAGUCAUAUGAGAUUCUCUCAGAUCCGAAAAAGAAAGAAUUAUUCGAUCAGUAUGGCGCUGCAGCCUUCUCGCAAGGCGAUCCUACAGCGGGCGCAGGUGCCGGUCCUGGUGGAGGUGGAUUCACCGGGAACCCAUUUGCCGGCGGAUUCGGCGCAGGUGGAUUCGGCGGCGGUGCGGAGUUCAACUUCGAAGAUCUCUUCUCUGCAUUCGGCGGCACUGGUGCGCGGAGGGGUCGGCGAGGCGGAGCAUCACCCUUCCAACAAGAGGAGAUUCUUGUGGGAGAAAACAUCGAAGUCAAUGCAAGUAUAUCCUUCCUGGAAGCGGCAAAGGGUGUGCAGAAAGACAUCAAUAUUACCCCCCUGGUUAAAUGCAAAACUUGCUCGGGCAGUGGUCUCAAGAAGGGAGCACAAAAAAGCGCCUGCAAAUCCUGUGACGGAACUGGCACGCGUGUUCAUUUCAUGCAGGGAGGUUUUCAAAUGGCCUCCACGUGUGCAACAUGUUCGGGAACAGGUACAACGACUCCGCGCGGAUCCGAGUGUGGAACUUGUCAUGGAAAUGGAGCAGUGCGCGAGCGUCGCUCAGUUACUGUGGAUAUUCCAGGCGGUGUAGAGGACGGUAUGAGGCUGCGCGUCACCGGCGAAGGGGACUUCCCACCUACUGGACAGGCCUCCAACCCGCAAUCACGAACCCAGCAGGGUGACCUCUACGUCCACAUCCGUGUCGCACCCGAUUCCAAAUUCUCUCGCAAGGGUAGCGAUGUCCUCUACACCGCGACCAUUCCUCUCACAACCGCUGUCCUCGGUGGUGAGAUUUCCGUACCGACCCUGGACGGCGAGGUCCGCGUCAAGGUCGCGACAGGCACUGGCACAGGUGACAAGAUCACUCUGAGCGGCAUGGGCAUGAAACAUCUGUCCAGCGGACGACGAGGAGGCUCAGGCGAUCUGCGAGUCGAGUUCAAAGUGCAAAUGCCCAAAUUUCUCUCUGUGAACCAGCGGACGAUCGUGGAGAUGCUGGCGGAUGAAAUGGGCGACAAAAAUGCCAAAAGGAUCAUGAAUCUCAAUAGCUUCAACCAAACCAGCAGCACCAGCGAUGCCACUGGAGAAACGUCGCCGAAGGUCGACCGGGGAAUUCUGGGCAAAAUGUGGUCACAGAUGACCGGUCAUGAGAAGAAGAAGGCUGCCGACGAAAGCGCCAAGAAUGACGUGACGAAGGAUGCGGACGACGAAAAGAAGAAGGCGUCUGGUUCAGGCUGAAUGACCGCUAGUCCACCGAUACCCGCCGGGACUUGACGCAUUGUGGGCCCCAUUCAUCGAUGCAUUUUUAGCGGAAAGAGGGUGUCUUCGUUUCAAGGAUUGCCAAGGAUAAAUCUCCGCUUGCAAUAGAGUCGACUUUGAUCGAAGGAGGAACUCAAGAUCUUCUUGCUCUGCACUCUCUUCUCACCAUUUAGCCCCUAUUUGUAUUAUAGCGUUAUUGCCGUUGUCCACCAGAAGGGGUGGGUCGUGGAUAUAGAUUUCUGAAAAACUGUAUUACAACAAAAAUUUUACAUCAUUCCGAUCCAUAACCUC